AUGCACGUGGCAAACUUGGGGCUAGCCCAUACGGCCAACGGUGGGGCAAUGGAGGCCUUGCUAGCAGCUGGAGCAUUUGGGGAUCCGACAGCUAUGACACGAAAGGAACUCUUGGAAAAUGCAUACCUGCAAUUUAAAGACUGGCGGCGGGAGAACCGAAUCCCAUGCAGUCAGCGGCGGUUCACUGAGAAGGCUCUGGUGAAGCAAUGCCAUGGUUUUUACCUUACAACCAAGGCCUAUAAUGCCAGAGUUGUGGCCCAGUGGCUGGCAUAUGUCUUGAGUGUGCAAUCUGAGAUGGCACGGGACGUUUCUGACUCCAAGCUGCCUGUACAUGCUCUGGCUUUGCUUCUGGGACUUUUCUAG